GAAGAUAUUAAAAUUAUUCUGAUUUAUUUGUUAGUCAGCGGUCAGCAAGUCAAGUAGGUAUCCUGAAUCAUCCAAUUUAAAUGGUGACAGAGUUCUGUCAAUCACUACAGUCAAGAGCAUAAUUUGAUAAGAGAUCAGAACUAGGCUCUCGGUCUGUGUGAGUCCCAGGCGCCACCAUGCACCUGGGCUCGGUGGCUCUCUGCCUGGUGGCAUUCUACUACGUAGUGACCCGGCUGCUGCCCCAGCUGCUGUCAUGGCUCCUCGUCUGGCGCUACAACCUUCAGAUAUCUCUGGGCAGGAUCGGCCUCCACCCGCUGUGUGUGUACCAGCUGAGCCUGGAGUGGGGUCCGGUCCGACUGACCGCCAACGGACUGACCAUCACCAGCAGCCUCGUCAACAGCCAGGUCCACCGACCGCUGGCGCUGUGUCUGCACGGGGUCCGUCUGACGCACACCGGGGCCGCCUCCCCCUCCCCCUCCCCCUCCCCCUCCUCUCCCUCCUCGGCGGGCCGCUCCUCGGCCUCUGCCCUGCUCUCUUUGGGCCAGUUUGCCGGGGUAUACGUGUACCAGGCCGGCGCCGAAUGGGCGGUGGGCGGGGAGCGGCGCGCCCGCCUCCAGGCCGCCCGGGUCACCUUGGAGGGUACCAGUACCAUAGACAACGGACUGAUGCUGGUGCUGCGCGCCGCGGCGCUGUGUGCGAGGCUGGACGGCGCCGCACCGCCGGACGGAGAGGUGGAGGUGGAGACGGGGGACGGGCCGCCGCCGCUGGCCCGGCUGACCGCGGAGCUGGAGCUGCAGGCCACAGUGCAGCCGGGAGACGAGCCGGACCAGCGCGGUCCGCCGCCGGCGCCCCAGCUGACGGAGGUGUCCGUGCGGCUGCUGCGGCCGGACGUCCUGCUGUCGGACCGUCUGGUGCCGCCGCUACUGGCCGCCGCCUCUGAGCCGCGCCCCGGCCCGCCGUCUCCUGUUCCCUCCCCUCCCCCUCCCGCCGGGGUGGAGCGGUGGCGGUGGCUGGCACCGCGCGUCCCCGUCUCCGCGGCUCUGACCUUCUCCGAGCUGACUCUGACCUCGGAACACGGGGAGCGGCGGCUGGCCUCUCGACUGGGCACCUGCCGACUGGAGGCGAGCAGCGCCCCGCGACUCACCGAGGCCAGCGCGUCUCUCAAACUGGAAGAGCUGGGGGUGGAGACCGCCGACGGAGCGCGGCUGGCCUCGCUCGCCAAUCUGCAGUUGUCGGUGCGCGCCGACGACCUGGAGAGCCCGUCCCCGUCCCUGGAGGCUGCGUUCGGCGGCCACACGCUGCAGCUCACCUACAGCCACGAGGCGGUGUCGGACUGGCUGUGUCGGCUGGGGGUGGAUCCGCUGCGGCGCCGGCCGCCCCCGCCCCCGCCGCCGCCGCCGCCUCCGUCAGCGGCUGGUCGCCGCUGGAGGCUGAGACUGGACGCCGAGCUGUGGGACGUGGAGACGUGUCUGCUGCUUCCCGCACUGCCGCCGGUGAUGGCGUGUCUGACGCACGGUAAGCUGGGCGGCUCGCCGGCCGCCGGGGAGCUGGUCCUGGAGACGCUCACCUGCUGUCUGGGAGCGGCCGAGCCGGCCCAGCGCCGCCACGUGGCUGGUGCUGCGCUGGUGCUGGGCGCCCUGCUGGUCAGCCACCGGCGGGCCGCCGACGGAGCGCCGCCCAAACUCGGCCUGCUGCUGGAAAACCUGCAGCUGGAGGCCAGUGAGUCGGCGGCUGCGCUUGCCCAGUUCGCCACUGACUCGGCACGGCGACUGCUGCCGCCGUCCGACCGUCCGGUCCCCGCCGCCUCGGCCACCAGGGGAUCGGCCGCACAGCCGACGGACCUCAGUGUGCAGGCGUCCAACCUGACGCUGCUGGCAGUGACUGGAGAGCACUGCUCGGCGCUGCGGCUCGACUCUGUGAAUGGUGACCGGACGGCCGGCCUGCUCAGCUUCGUCGUGGAACGGGCGGCGGUGAGCGCCGGCCGGCCGACCGCCGCGCCGCCGCUGCCCUGCAACAAGGGCGCCGCGCUGCCCGAGCCCGCGCUGAACAUAGCGCGGCUCAAACUGCGGGGACGGACGGACGGAGAGCUGACGGUGUCAGUGAGGGAGACGGCCGCGGGCCGGUGGAGUCCCACCGCUCACCGGCACCUCAAAAACACAGCCGACUGUCUGAGGAGGUGGGCGGCGCUGCUGAGACCUCCCUCCCCCUCUGCUACCCCCGCUGCGCCAACCGCCGGUCCGCGGCUGACGGUCCGACUCCGCGCCGAACUGUCGGUGGACGCCGCUCUCUCCGACCACUGCCGGUUCGGUCUGACCGCCUCCGAGCUCUGCUGGACCCGAGACGGCAGCCGGGCCUGUCUGACGGCCGCUGCACCGAAGUUUCUGUUCGACGGACAUGAGAUUAUAGUACUGCGGGGUCUGAGGGCCGAGAGAAGCACGGCGCACGUGGCGGCGGCAGCACGGCGCGCGGCGUGUGAAGAGCUCCUCCUACCGCAGAACGACUGCUGGGAGGUGACCAUCACCAGCCUGGAGGGCUCCGUGCCGUACGGAUACGAUUUCUCUGAGGCGUGGAGCGAGGAGCUGCUGACGACGGUCCGGUGGCUGCGCCGAUUGCACGGGCGGCCCAGCGGUCCGGCCAGGGAGGACGGACCGCUGCCGGCCGACCUCUGCAUUCAGAUCAAGCAGCUCUCGCUGGAGAUCUGUGACGACCCGUUCGAGGUCAAACUGCGUGACAAUUACGAGCUUCUGGAGGACGAGUAUCACGAGAGCGUCAAACGGCGACAGACACUCGACCUGAAGAUAGAGGAGCAGCGCCGCAUCCACGGACUUCUGCAGGCCAGAAAGGUGGAGAGUCUGUACCAGCAGCUGCAGCAGCGGGACGCCCAGCUGUUCGUGCAGCGCGCCGCCCAGAUGUACCGCAGCGGCGCACCGAUGCGCACCCGGCUCCUCCUCUGGUCCAUGGAGUCUCUGGAGUUCUGGGCGCUGGCCGACCCCAGUUUUCACGGCCGCGCCGCCUGUGUAUCCGAGCUGCGCCGCAUCGACCCGCUCUCCCCCUGGCCGGACGACGAGCCGGCCUUCAGCACGCUGUGGUGCCGCGAGCUGGUGACCAGCUGCCAGAGGUGGACGGUGACGCUGCGAGACUACCCGCAGCCCGUGCUGGACGUCCACCAGCUGCACCUCUGGGGUAGGAUGGUGGGCGCCGAGCAGGUGGCCGUGCCGCGCGCCACGCGUCAGCUCCCCGUCCGCCUGCAGUCGCCGUUCGAGGACGACCAGGUGGACAGGUCGCUGAUGAGUCUGAAGUACUACUACGACCUCAGCUCGGACGUGGACCAGCUGGUGGCGGCGUACGGCCCCUGCUGGGAGCCCGCCGUGGCCAUGUUUAACCUCUGCCUGGAGAAGGUGCUCCGCCCCAGCACGGACCCUUCCCCUCCGCUGCCCUGGUGGGACAAAGUGCGCCUCAAGAUGCACGGCCGGAUCACGCAGAGCGUGCGGCAGCUGACGCUGCUGUUACACGCCUCGCUGGACCCCUACAACACCACCGAGGAGAUGGAGCUCACCUUCGCCGACCUGGUCACCGACUGGACCGACGGCAAGAUCGUCUUCAAGGGCGACCUCAGCGUCUACGUGCGCACCGCCAGCAAGUAUGACGACUGUCGACUGCUGUUUGUGCCCGGCCUGAAGCUGGCCUUCAAGUUGGACUGGCUGUGUAUGGGCGACCCGCGGGAUCACCACGCAGUGAUACCCUGUGCCCGGGAUAAACUGCCCGAGUACUCGAGCAACCAGGAGCAUGACUCGUUUAGGGCGUUCCGGUCCCAGAACCUGAACAUGUCCAUCUCGAUCGAGACUCGGCCGCUGACGGCGCCGGCGGCCGGCGGUCCGCAGCCCGUGGUGCCCACCAUGCUGCUCUACGGGAGCACGCUGCGCUGGUUCGAGAACCUCCAGUUUAUCCUGUCGGGAAUGACCCGGCCCACACGGCGAGGAGCGGUGUUUAAUAAUGUCCGGCCGCGAAAGGCGCAGCUGUCGAGACACUACAAGUGUGUGAGACUGUCGCUGAACCUGCACGCAUUCCAGGUCUCCUACUGGAUGUCGUUCACGCGCCAGCACGGGCUGGACAUCCGCGGCGGCCGAGUCUCGCUCAGCUCCGAGCACCGCCUCACUCUGCGGCCCGUCUGUGACGGCCUGAGACACCGACCGCGCGCCUGCUGGGCCAUCGAGUACCUCAACUGCGAGCUCAACGACGCGGAGGUGUGGCUGCAGAGCUCCCUGCGGCAGACAGAGCCGGGGACCGCGCCCGCGCCGCCGCCGCCCCCGGCAGACGCCGGCCUCGUGGCCAAGUGGUUCUUCCUGUCAGUGGUGCGGGUGUCAUACGGGAGGGCGGCGAGUGUGGCCGAUACCACGCGCGAGUGUCCCACCCACCGGCUGGUGGUGCACAACAUGAAGGCAGCCUGGACCAAGGACAACCGAGACGCCGGCUUUGCGCUGUUCGACAGCUUCACCAACAACCAGCAGCUGAAGCGGAACCUCUCCACCGCCGCCCUCAAGGGCAUCACGUUCGACUCGGGCUCCGGAGGGGCGACUCGGACCCCGCAGAAACCCCCGCGGACGGGCUCUCUGGACGGCGCGGCGGCGGCGGCCACGGGCGGCCUCAACAGCUCCCUCUCGGCCAGCACCCCGUCACCCAUGUCCCGGCUGCAGUCGGGCCAGGCCGCCAGUAUGCUGCAGAAACUGAUCGCCGAGCUGGGCGCCGCGCCGGUGGCUUUCAGUGAGGACGCCGCCGGCGGAGAGCUGGACGAGACCGCGCUGCGGGGCGUGGCGGCGUGCCACGCCACAGAUGUGCUCCAUAACAGCUGGCUGGUGGAGCUGGUCAACUGUCAGGUCCUCCUCAAGGGCAUCGAGACACGCGGCUACGUCAUCAUCACCUCCUCCAAGAGUCAGGUCCUUCAACGACUUCACCGGCCCGUGUGGCGCGAUCGAACACUGGUCAGUAAGACCUCCUGGGUGGGCCGGCUGGACGGCAUGCAGUACUACGCCACGGUGAGCGCCGGCCACCCGGCCAGCGACCCGGCCACCGAGAACAUCAUGUGGCUCACGGUGGACAAUAUCGAGGAGCGGGACGAUGACGACAUUAGGGACGUGCCGGACCUGGUCGGCUCCGGUCAGUCGGUCGGCGGAGUGGUCACGGAGACGGUGGGAGCCGCCGGAGCUGACGAACACGACAGCAUUCAGCUGCAGAGGGUGGUGUCACGGUGCCGCUGCGAGUUCUUCUAUGCCAGCUACGGAGAGGUGUCUGUGGACCCGGACUCUGUCGAGUCGAUCCCUCCUCUGCCGACGGCCCCCUCCCAGCUGUGGCCCGGUCAGGAGGAGCCGGUGGACGCGCUCACCGUCACCCACCACGACCUGAACGUGUGCACCAACAGCCUCCAGUACGCCAUGGUGCUGGACAUCGUCAACAACCUGCUGCUGUACGUGGCGCCGCGGCGCCGCCAGAGCUCCGACCAGCUGCAGCGGAUGCGCUUCCAGAUGCAGCUGUCGGCGCUGGAGGACCAGCGGCGGCCCAUCCAGCAGCUGCAGAACCGCUGCAGAGCCAUGAUGUCUGAGAUCCGGCAGCUGGAGAAGGCCACCUACCAGCUGCAGCGACAGCGGGAUGAGGCGCCAGACCGCGCCGCGGCGGUCCGGCUCCAGGCCGAGAUGGCGGACAAGGAGCGCCAGACGCUGGAUAAGAAGGAGCAGCUCAGCGCAUCGGCUGAGGAGCUGGCCAUGAGGAUCCACAUCUACAAGGAGACGCAGCUCUCCAAGACGCCCAAGCCGGCGGCGCGGAAGGGCGACGCGCAGCAGCCGGUGUCGAUGAUCCGGACGGCGGAGGUGUGCAUCCGGCACGCGCAGUGGCGACUCACCGAGCCGGACGGCCAGCUGGGCCUGGCUGACCUGGUCAUCAGCAACUUCCAGUACACCAAGCACACCAAGAGUGACGACAGCGUGGAGCACCUGCUGGAGCUGGGCUACAUCAGCAUGUCGAACCUGCUGCCGAACCCGGCCUAUAGGGACGUCCUCCAGCCCACGGAGACCCAGAGCGGGAUGCCGGUGGACCGGCAGCGUUCACUGCGCGUCUACUUCAGGGAGAGGCCGCCCGUCGGAGGCAUCAGCGUCAAGGAACACCUCGAGAUCAACAUCACACCCAUCAACAUCGGCAUGACGUACCAGUUCUUCAAGACGAUGCUGCGCUUCUGUUUCCCGGAACGUGACACGGAGCAUCUAGAGGAGGACGUACCAGCACCAAAGGAGAAGCUCUCCAAGAAGGAAAAGCGCAAACAGAAGAAGGAGAGCAGCUUCUACGUGGCCAUCGAGAAGGAUGACGUGGAAAAGAUGAAGGAGCGCGCGCAGAACAACAUGCUCUUCAUCUACAUCAAGGUGCCCGAGGUGACGGUGCGGGUCAGCUACAAGGGAGAGAAGGAGAAGAACCUGGAGGAUGUGCACAACUUCCUGCUGACGGUGCCGACCCUCGAGUACCAUAACGUCACCUGGACCUGGCUGGACCUGCUGCUGGCCAUGAAGAACGACACCAAGCGGGUUCUGCUCUCGCAGGCCAUCAAGCAGAAGCUGCAGAUCGGCGGGAGGGGAGCGCCGGGCGCCGAGGAGCCGCCUCAUGAUGAGGAGGACAAGGCGAGGCUGCUGUUCGGGUCCAUGAUGGCGCCCGGCAGUGAGAAGGAAAAACCGGCCAGGAAGAGCUUCUUCCACCUGCACAGGAGCUAGGGGAGGCGGGAGAUAGCCGAACUCGAGAGACGAACCGAGGUCGUGAGAGCGGGUCUGGUCUGGAGAGCCAGGGUGACCUACAUUGGGUCUUGGAUGCUGCUCUAUCAGUGAGCUGUGCUUACUGGGGAUUGGAUAUUCCCCGCCAUAGCCAGUCACUGGCGGUAGUCAGACUGACUUCUAUUCGCAGCUAGUCACUGGAGCACCGGUGUGGAACCGAACGCAGUGACUGGAACACUGCACCGAGACUGGAACACUGGUCCUCCGCGGAGAAAGAGCGAUCAGGCAGAGUAUCCAGAGUCCUCCCACCCGAAAGGUAAUGUUCCUUUUUCUCCAUAAUCAAUCUUUUGCAUUCCUCUUUUUUCCAAGACGGCAGGUAACAUUGUCUUUUCCCGCUCUGCACUAUUUUCCAGUAUCUAACCGUUGGCCACAGUAGUCCAAGUGGCGUUUGACCGUCCUGUUUCUGAGAUUUUGAGUCAAGUCGCGCGAUUAAGUGCUAUUUUUGCUGUUGGUCAGUUUGUGAUUGAUGGAACAAUGUGUUCACUCGCUGUUGGAGAGGUGUGAUGUGUUCCUUCUCAACUGGUAAAGGUCAGUGUUUACCAUCGACGCGUGCUGCUUCUUGGUCACUUCGUCACUUCACAGCACUGCAUACUGCUCUCAAAGCAGCCCUGACUGCGGUGCAGCCAUACUCUCGAUACUUGAUACUUGAUACCGCAACUGACGGCUCCUUUUCAAUGCGCUAUUGGCAGACGUCCUGGGCUCUCUAACUAUGUUUUGUCCCUCUGAUAACCGUGAAUAGCCUAUUAGUUCCUGCGCGAGUUAUAACCAGUGACACUCUUGUCUUUCACCGCUGCUGUCAGCUGUUUGUUGCGUGGAAUCCGACGCUGAUUCAAUAGCUGAUGACCGAAUGAUCUGUAGACGAUCGUGUUAUGUUAUUUUGAUGCAGCUCUUUUGAGCGUGACUAAUUAUAUCGUAUGCGAUAUAUGAUACCUAUGCUGUGUGACAUUGAUGUUGGAACGUUAAUGUGAUCGCUGCAAUCCUCGAUCAAGUCAAAGAUUAAAAUAUAUAUUGUGCAAUAUA